UUUCAUCCAUCCAAUUCAUCCCCCUUCCCUUGCAUCCUACCGUUUCCACCCCCCUUCAUCUCCUGGCUAUGAGCUCUGCAGGCGAAAAAGAUUCGAAGGGCAGCAACUCGCCCGGCGAGCGCGAUGGUGGGCACGUCCUGGGCGCCACGCGCACCUACUCACGCGACAAUGACAGCGCAGAGGCCAACAAGGCCGCACUUGGACCCCAGCCUGUUGACCCUCUCGAUGCAGCUUCCAAGCAGUGGGACUUUUCGGACAUCGAUGAGAAGAAGCUGAGGCGCAAGAUUGAUUUCAGACUCAUUCCUUUCCUCUCUCUGCUCUAUCUGUUGUCAUUCCUCGAUCGUUCCGCAAUUGGCAACGCCCGCCUCUUCCACCUCGAAGAUGAGCUAGGUAUGCGGGGAACUCAGUACAACGUUGCUGCCUCGAUCUUCUACUUCUCGUACGCCUUCUUUGAAGUUCCCUCAAAUGUUCUUCUGAAGCGCCUCACUCCCUCCAAGUGGUUUGGGACCAUCACGAUGCUCGUCGGAGUCUGCAUGCUUGCACAAGGCGUUGUGACGAACUAUGCGGGCCUUUUGGGCGCUCGUUUCGCUCUCGGUGUGGCAGAGGCAGGUCUCUUUCCUGGCGCACAGCUCCUACUGAGUGGAUGGUACCCUCGCAAGAGCUUUGGGCUUCGCAGUGCCAUCUUCUUCUCAGCCGCCACGGUGUCCGGUGCCUUUGGAGGCCUGCUCGCUGUAGGUCUCUCCAAGAUCCGAGCAGGGGAGUACAGCGAGGAAAACGAUGCGUGGCGCUGGAUCUUCAUCGUCAUUGGCUUGGCGACCUUCGUUGCCGGCGUGUCCGCCUUCUGGCUCUGCGCCGAUUUCCCUGACACAGCCAAGUUCUUGACGCCAAAGGAACGUGCGUGGGUCGUCGCCAAUCUCCAAGCUGACUCUCAGUACUCCGCUGCUGGAGAGUCCUUUACAUGGCGCAACUUCUGGAAAGGAUGGGCCGACAUUAAGACUUGGGUCGCCGCUCUGGCCUACAUGGGCGUUGACGGACCACUCUACGCAUUCUCCGUCUUCACGCCCACGAUUAUCAAGAGUCUUGGAAGCUACGACUCUAUCGAGUCGAACUUGCUCAGUGUGCCCAUCUACGUAUUCGCCUGCAUCGUCACGGUUGCCGUGGGCUUCCUUGCAGACCGCUACGGGCGCAGGGCGCUAAUCAACCUCAUCCUCAUUGUAGUAGGUAUCAUUGGAUACGCCAUCCUGAUUGGCGUCGAUCCGCGCCAGACGCCCGGCGCAUCCUACUUUGGCAUCUACCUCGCUGCGGCUGGCAUCUACCCGCUCAUCGCCAACACCAUUGCCUUGACCGGAUCGCACAUUGAGGGGACGUACAAGAGAGGUGUCGUCAUGGGCGUCGUCAUCUCAUGGGGUAACAUCAAUGGAGCAGCUACCUCGCAAGUGUACCUGCCUAGGCAGUCUCCUCGCUACCAAAUGGGCCAUGGCAUCAUCAUUCUCUACCUCGGUAUCGGCUGGAUCUCUUCUGCUCUCUACCUCUACCUGAUCAAGCGAGCAAAUGCCCAACGAGAGCGCGGGGAGUGUAGCGAGAUCAUCCUCGACCACAUGCCUGAAAGCGAGGCCGUACCUGCUGCGGAGGAGGCAAGGGCAAAGGCCAUUGCAGACGUCAGGGCCCAAGGUGGUGGCUUGAGGAACAGGUGGAAGGCAAUCAAGAUGCAGCUGCACAUGGAGUCGGGGAUGACGUACGCUAGCGUUGAUGAGGCGAAGAGGCUGAGGGGAGACGACUACAGCGGGCACCGUUACUCGUACUGAAGCGCAAGUGCGAGGAAUGAGCGCGAGAAGAAAAAGGUGGUGGCGCGGCGGGACGUAGCGGGAAACGGCCUGAAUCAGGGCCACCGCUGUCCAUAUCGUAUGUAUUUUAAUUCUGCCGCAGAUGACCUCGGGCUUCUGCAGACAAUAUUUGCCAACGUUGUCAUCUAUGCCUGUG